CUGUUUUCGGAAAUAGAUGGAGACUAAAGUUCCGGUGUUGGAAUUUUGUGUUUGCAAGUUUGUUGUUUUUUUCUUUGGGUUUAAUUUACUUUCAUUAGUAAAUUGUUAAUUUAAUUAUUUCUAAUUUUGUUUAAUAAUUGGUUCAUUAAUUAGUUGAAAUGGGUAUUGAUAUUUGCCACAAAAAUGACCGAAAGGUUAGGAGGAAAGCACCUAAAAGUAAGGAUCCAUAUCUUGCUUUGUUAGUUAAGCUUUACCGAUACCUUGCACGUAGAACUGGAAAGAAAUUCAAUCAAAUCAUCUUACGUCGUUUAUUUAUGAGUCGAAUUAACCGGGCACCAAUUACUCUUAAUGGACUGACUCGACAUUUGAAAAAACCUGGUAAUGAAAAUAAGAUUGCUGUCGUUGUAGGUGAUGUUUUGAAUGAUGUUCGUGUCCAUGAGAUACCUAAAAUGACCAUUUGUGCACUUCGAUUCUCAAAACAAGCUCGUUUAAGGAUAUUGGAAGCUGGUGGUAAAGUUUUAACUCUCGAUCAACUUGCCAUUAAAGCACCUACUGGUAAAAACACUCUCCUCAUCCAAGGAAGACGAAAUGCUAGAGAGGUUUGCAAACACUUUGGUCCAGCUCCUGGUGUUCCUCAUUCCCACACCAAACCUUACGUUAGAGCAAAAGGACGUAAAUUUGAAAAAGCUCGUGGUCGUCGAUCCAGUCGUGGUUAUAGGAACUAAAAAUACCAUAGGGAUUUAUAAUUUGUUCAAAAGAGUUGAUAAAAAGGAUAAAUUAUCUUUAUUUGCUCUUUUGACGCAAGUCAAAAUUGUAAUAACAAUCCAAAUGUUUGACAAUUUUCAAUUAAAAUUGAGAAAUGUUUAACCUUUGACAAAACAAAAAAUCAAUUCAAUUCUUCAUAUUUAAUCAUCAACUCUCUCUCUCUCUCUCUCUCUCUCUCUGUCAACAACAAUCAAUCCAACUAUUCAAAAGCCUUUCGAUCAAUGAAUCCUUAAAUUGUACAAAUCAUCAUCAAAUUACCAAGUGAAAAUUGAUGAUGAAUUAACUUACGGGACAGAAAUACUUAAUUACUUGAAAUCAUUGAUCAAUAAUCAGACAAUAACAAAAAAAGUGAUUACCAAUUAUUUUGAUUGGUUUUCAUUUCAAUCAACAAUAACCAAGGCAAUGAUAAAAAAAACUAAACAAUUGAUUGAGUGCAAACAAGUUUUAACCUUCAGAAAUCAAUUAAUUGACCAACAUGUAACUAAAUUGUUGACAAAGUUUACCUGCUUUGUGACCAAUGGUUAUAAACCGCAAUGGUUGUCCAAUUGAUCAACUCAAUUAAUCAAUAAACCAAAUUGAUUAAAUGUUAAUGAUUAUUGUUCAUUGACCAUCAAAGUUAUUUGAUCAAUUUGGUCAAUAAAUGGUCAAGAUAAUUA